AGGCUCUGCUCCAGUUCCCGACACCAUCGACCUCUCUCUAGAGAAAUAAUUGUUAAUAAUAAUCAUUGUAGUUUUUUUCGGCGACCGGUGUAUGGAAUGAUGAAUCUGUGGACCACCGACGAUAACGCCUCCAUGAUGGAGGCAUUCAUGAGCUCCACCGACCUGUCCGGCCUCUGGCCUCCGGCGGCGGCUGCGGCGGCUCCGUCGGGUCAGAACCAGAAUCCUGCGGCGAGUUUCAGCCAGGAGAGUCUCCAGCAGCGUCUGCAGGCUCUGAUCGAAGGAGCCCAUGAGAGCUGGACCUACGCCAUGUUCUGGCAGCUUUCGUGCGACUUUUCCGGCGCAGCCGUGCUCGGAUGGGGAGAUGGCUACUACAAGGGGGAGGAAGACAAGGCUCGCGCCAAGCAGAGGCCGAGGUCGUCGAUGUUCUCUUCUCCGGCGGAGCAGGAACACCGGAAAAAGGUUCUCCGGGAGCUCAACUCUCUCAUCUCCGGCGGAGCUGUAACCACCGAAGAUGCCAUCGACGAAGAGGUGACGGACAUGGAGUGGUUUUUUCUCGUCUCGAUGACCCAGAGCUUCCCUAGUGGAUCCGGGUUGACGGGUAAGGCGUUCUCGACGUCGAACCCGGUUUGGGUUGUCGGGUCGGACCAGCUUUCCGGGUCGGGCUGCGAGCGGGCGAGACAAGGUGGGGUUUUCGGCCUGCAGACCAUCGCUUGUAUUCCGUUGGCGAACGGUGUGGUGGAGCUCGGCUCGACGGAGAUGAUCCGACAGAGCUCGGAUCUCAUGAACAAGGUCCGAAUCCUCUUCAGUUUCGAUGGCGCCGCCGCCGGAGAUUUGUCGGGUCAUCACUGGAACCGAGACCCUGAUCAAGGCGAGAACGAUCCGUCUAUGUGGAUCUCCGACCCGACCGGUGGAGCAGCUGGACCGAGCGAACGUGGCCAUGGAGCUCCGAGCUCAAGCUCGCAGCUUUUCUCCAAGUCUAUGCAGUUCGAGAACGGUAGCUCAAGCACCAUAACCGAAAACCAGAACGCGAACCCUAACCCUAACCCUAACCCUAGCCCUGUCCAGUCCCAGACACAGAACACGAAGUACAACAACUUCUCGCGAGAGAUCAAUUUCUCGACCUCGAAUUCCAACUUGGCCAAGCCAAGAUCCGGCGAGAUUCUGAGCUUCGGCGAGGACGCUAAACGGAGCUCCAGUAACCUGAACCCGGCUCCGUUCUCGGGUCAGACCCAGUUCUUGCCUGGCGACACCAAGAGGAAGACAAAGUCUGUCGGAGUAACCGAAGAUGGGGUUCUGUCCUUCGGAGUUCCCGGCGAAUCUUCCGACCAUUCCGACCUCGAGGCCUCCGUCGUGAAAGAGGCGGCGCCAGAGAAACGGCCGAGAAAACGCGGAAGAAAGCCGGCCAACGGCCGAGAAGAGCCGUUAAACCACGUCGAGGCCGAGCGGCAGAGACGCGAGAAGCUGAACCAGCGGUUCUACGCGUUACGGGCCGUGGUUCCAAACGUGUCGAAAAUGGACAAGGCCUCCCUUUUAGGAGACGCCAUUUCUUACAUCAACGAGUUAAAGUCCAAGCUUCAAAGAACUGAAUCGGAGAAGACCCAGAUCGAGUGCCAGCUCGAAAACCUCAAGAGCGAGCUGGCGGGACGAAACGCAAACGCGGGUAACCGCGAUUGCGGAGAUUCCUCGUCGGCGGUGAGCAAACCGAUAGGAAUGGAGAUCGAAGUGAAGAUCAUAGGCUGGGACGCGAUGAUUAGAAUCGAAUCGAGCAAACGCAAUCACCCGGCGGCGCGUUUGAUGUCGGCGUUGAAAGAUUUGGAACUUGAAGUGAAUCAUGCGAGCAUGUCGGUGGUCAACGAUCUGAUGAUACAACAAGCGACAGUCAAGAUGGGUUUCAGAAUCUACACGCAAGAACAGCUCAGGGCGGCUUUGAUAUCUAAGAUCUGAUAGUUAUGGGGUCAAAUUGUUAUUUAACUCUUUUUAGAGGGGCUAACUAUUUUGUGUCCUUUAGUUUUCGAGGGGUCAAAUUUCUAAAGCUCGGAAAGUAGAGCGACAAAAAGAAGUUUCAUGUGCCGUUUGGUCUUGUAUUAUAUGUUAUAUAUAUUUUUCUUGAGAUA